GGGGAGUUAAGAACCCAUGAAUGUUUCCGUUUGACACAAACAGGAGGACUUGCUUCUAAAUCGUGCACUAAAGAUGAUUGGAGGAAACAUCUUUGUUGCAGUUGAUAUACUGGAGACCAGAACAAAAGCAACUCCUGUCUUGCCACCAACGCGUUCAGUAGAUGGAGAUGACAGAGGCGAAGGCUAUUUUUGUGUUGUUGUUGUUGGUUUAGGGAUC